AUGAUACAGAAAGUACCGGUGUGGCUGGAAGCCUACGACGUGGCUAUCCGACAAUACUACAGAGACGACAUGGCGGAGCUGGUGGACGAAGACGUUCAGACGAAGCAUUUCACGUACUACAUGCCGCACCAGGUGGUUGUUCGUGAGGCAAGCAGAACGACGAAACUUCGCCGUUCUGCGACGAAACUGCGGGUAGUGUUUGACGCGUCGUCACACGCCUCAGGGUCAUUGUCUCUCAACGACAAUUUACAAAGCGGACCGUACUUGACAGCAGAUCUCGUUGCCCUCCUACUGAACUUCAGGCGGCAUAAUGUUGCGCUUGUUGCAGACAUGGAAAAUGCAUUCCUCCAUAUUCAAGUGCAGGAGAGCGACAGAGACGCCCUGCGUUUUCUGUGGUACGAUCGCAUACCACGGCCUCAGGAGGACACGCCAAACAUUGUCACAUUCAGGAUGAAGAGGGUCCCGUUUGGGAUUACUUCAAGUCCGUUUUUGUUGGCAGCUACGCUGAAGCACCACUUCGUGAACAUGGCGCACAAGUUUCCAACGUCUUCGAAGUUGCCUUCUGAAAGCACGUAG